AAAACCGGAAGUCAUGCUCGCUGCUGUCAUGGCGGUUCACAUGUAAUUCACUGCGCUCCAGACAUUUGAUAAAGACUCUAAGAAGGCUUUUGAAGGGUCCCUUAAUAGGUCCUGUUGUUCACAGGUUGAUAUAAGUUGAUUGUCUCUCCUGGACCAAAACAAUGAGCACUCAGUACAGCAUCCUAUUCAAGCAGGAGCAUGCACACGAUGACGCCAUCUGGACGGCGGCGUGGGGUAAAAGUGAGGCGGAUGGGUCUGAAACCAUUGUCACUGGCUCACUAGAUGAUAUGGUGAAAGUCUGGAAAUGGUCAGACGAGAAGCUGGAGCUGCAGUGGAAUCUGGAAGGACACCAACUGGGUGUGGUGUCAGUGGACAUCAGUCACAACGGAGCCAUUGCUGCCUCGAGCUCCCUGGACGCUCACAUCCGUCUCUGGGACCUGGAGUCUGGGAAACAGAUCAAGUCCAUGGACGCAGGACCAGUGGAUGCAUGGUCGGUUGCCUUCUCCCCCGACUCCAAAUACAUCGCCACAGGAAGCCAUCAUGGCAAGGUCAACAUCUUUGGUGUGGAAAGUGGAAAGAAGGAAUAUUCUCUGGACACUCGAGGGAAAUUCAUCCUGAGUAUAGCUUACAGCCCUGAUGGAAAAUACUUGGCAAGUGGAGCCAUUGAUGGAAUCAUCAACAUCUUUGACAUUGCCACUGGAAAACUACUCCACACACUGGAAGGUCACGCCAUGCCCAUCAGAUCUCUCACCUUCUCCCCUGACUCCCAGCUACUGAUCACAGCCUCAGACGAUGGCUACAUUAAGAUUUACGACGUGCAACAUGCCAACCUGGCAGCUACACUGAGUGGACAUGGAGCAUGGGUUCUUAAUGUUGCAUUCUCCCCAGAUCACACACACUUUGUCUCAAGUUCGUCGGACAAGAGCGUCAAGGUUUGGGACGCCAGCUCCAGAGCGUGCAUCAACACCUUCUUCGACCAUCAAGAUCAGGUAUGGAGUGUAAAGUACAACAGCACUGGCUCCAAGAUCAUCUCAGCUGGAGACGACCGCGCUAUCCACAUCUACGACUGUCCCAUGUGAUGAGGGACGUCCUGUACAGGCUGCAGGAGAAGAUUUUCUGCGAUGUUUUCUCAAAUCAUUGAGUUGUUAACUCGGGGAG